CACCCAGCAGACGCGUGGCGGAGCCGGGAUUAGAACCCAGAUCCUCCUGACUCCUUGGCCGUGCUCCUUCCCCGAGCGAGUCUGUGUGGCUUCCUGGAGGAGGGCCCGGCCAUGGAGCUGCUUUUCGGGCGCCGGAAGACCCCGGAGGAGCUGCUGCGGCAGAACCAGCGGGCGCUGACCCGGGCCAUGCGGGAGCUCGACCGGGAGCGACAGAAGCUGGAGACGCAGGAGAAGAAGAUCAUCGCCGACAUCAAGAAGAUGGCCAAACAGGGGCAGAUGGACGCCGUGAAGAUCAUGGCCAAAGACCUGGUGCGGACCCGGCGCUACGUCAAGAAGUUCAUCCUCAUGCGGGCCAACAUCCAGGCCGUGUCGCUCAAGAUCCAGACGCUGAAAUCCAACAACAGCAUGGCCCAGGCCAUGAGGGGCGUCACCAAGGCCAUGGGUACCAUGAACAGACAGCUGAAGCUGCCCCAGAUCCAGAAGAUCAUGCAGGAGUUCGAGAAGCAAGCGGAGAUCAUGGACAUGAAGGAGGAGAUGAUGAACGACGCCAUCGACGACGCCAUGGGGGACGAAGAGGACGAGGAGGAGAGCGACGCCGUGGUGUCCCAGGUGCUGGACGAGCUGGGACUCAGCCUGACGGACGAGCUCUCCAACCUGCCCUCCACCGGAGGCUCCCUCAGCGUGGCGGGGGCGGGGAAGAAGACGGAGCCGUCGUCGGCGGCGCUGGCCGACGCCGACGCGGACCUGGAGGAGCGGCUGAAGAACCUGCGGCGGGACUGAGCCGGGGCCCGGCCCCCUCCCCGCCCCCGGCCUCCGGCAGUCGGCCCCUCGGGCCGCCCCGCUGCCCCGGCUGGAGCUCGGGGGGCCGUCUCCCGGAUCCCCCGGGGAGCGUCGGGGUGAGCCGGGGCCGCGGGGGGGGCGGGGGGCGCGCCCCGGGCCCCGGGAAUAAAGGGUUUGUUACUGAC